UCAGCAGCGGCCGCGGUGCGCGCCUCCCACACGCCGAUCAAGCCGCCGGCGGUGACGUGCCGGGAGCGCGUCCAGGUUGUGGUGCGAUGCCGUCCAAUGUCGCAUCAGGAGGCCAUGGAUGGGCGCCAAUGCUGCAUUGUCGUUGAUCAGCAGGAGAAAACCAUAGAGGUGUCUGGCGAUGGGAGGAGAGGCAGCAGCAACGAUUCCAACAUCAAAGUCUUUACAUUCGAUCGUGUGUAUGAUUCCAAGUGCACACAAAACCAGCUCUACCAGGAAGUGGCUCAUCCGAUCGUCCAGAGCGUCAUGCACGGCUACAAUGGAACCGUGUUGGCUUAUGGCCAGACGGCCUCCGGAAAAACAUACACUAUGGAAGGAUUUGAUGACUCUCCAGAGUUACGUGGUAUAAUUCCUCACGCGUUUGAGGAAAUUUUUUCUCACAUAUCUCAAAGCCAGAGUUCCGAUCGUUUUCUCGUGAGAGCCUCCUACCUGGAGAUUUACAACGAAGAGAUCCGGGAUCUCUUGGCACCAAGUACUUCGCCAGGGGCGAGACUGGAGCUAAAAGAGAGCCCGGACGCGGGUGUUUACGUGAGGAAUCUCACUUGCCUGACCGUGCAUAGCCUCUCGGACAUCAUUCGACUACUGAUGGUUGGGAAAAAGAACCGAUCUGUCGGAGCAACUCUUAUGAACCAAGACUCGUCGCGUUCGCAUUCCAUAUUCACCAUAACUGUGGAGACUAGUGUGGAGGAUCCAGAAACUGGCUUGCACAUACGAGUUGGGAAACUAAACCUGGUCGAUCUUGCUGGUAGUGAAAGAAUGAGCAAAACUGGAGCUACUGGGGAUAGAUUGAAAGAGCUCACCAACAUAAAUUGGUCUCUUACAGCUCUUGGAAAUGUCAUCUCGGCCCUGGUUGAUGGAAGGAGUACGCACAUUCCCUACCGUGAUUCGAAGCUGACCAGGCUCUUGCAAGACUCACUCGGUGGGAAUACAAGGACUGUCAUGGUGGCAAACAUUGGACCUGCUGAUUAUAACUAUGAAGAGUCCGUCAGCACACUACGGUAUGCCAAUCGUGCAAAGAGCAUUAAGAACAAACCGCGUAUCAACGAGGAUCCAAAGGACGCGUUGCUGCGGGAGUUCCAGGCUGAAAUUAUCAGGUUAAAAGCGCAGCUUAGUGGCGAUGCUGUUAACGAUUUGACCAAGGAAAUCUGUACGCUAAAGAACGAGAAAGAAAUGGUGGAAAAGAACUUGAGAAACUUGAGGCAGCAAGCUGGAGUUGAUCCUUACCUGUGCCAGUCAUUCAGUGAACAAGCCAUUUCAUACAUUAAAGCGGAUUUAGAGAAAAAGGCGCAUUUCGACAUUGAGUGCUUGCGAGCAGAAAAGGAGCGUUCAGACGAAGAGAAGCAGAAACUGACGGAGCAGCUGCUCAAGCAGUUGAAGGACAUGCAAACCCAUUAUGAGUCGUUUGCCAAGGAAAAAGAAGACCGUGAUUUCCUAACUAAUAAGCUGAGAGCUUUGGAGGACAAAGUUUUGCAUGGUUCCAACAACGAUAACGAGAAGCUGGUGGAGAAAGCAAAGCAGCAGGAGGAAGAGCUUGCUCUUUACCAGCAUCAUAUCCAAGAACGGCAGCAACUGGAUGAAGAGCGCCAGCGGAAGAUAGCAGAGCUUGAGGACGCACAACUGAUGGCCGAGGUGAAGUGCAGCACAAUGGAGGAAGAGUUGGAAAUGAAAACGACCAAAUUUCGAAAGCUGAUGGCGUGUUACCAGCAGAGCAAAGCCGACUUAGCCUCGUUGCGGACGGAGCUGCAGGACACAAUCCACGAGUUUCAUCGGGAGCGCACCGAUUUGCUUCUCAGUUUGCGCUCGCUGGAGCAGCAACAUCAGCUCAAGUCUUUAGUGAUCGAGAAAUUUAUUCCGUCCGAGGAGCUGGCUAAGAUCAUGAAGAGAGUGGAGUGGGACGACGAGACGGAAAGAUGGGUGUUCCAGAGCAUGGUGGCUAAUUUCCAGUCGGGUAUGAGUCCGUUCAUCGUGGAUCCAGCUAACAAGCAGCCACUUCAAAGGCCGGCAUCAGCCGUGGGAAGGAGUAGACCGCCAGGAUCCAGAUACCAGAUGGACAACGUGCUCAAGAUUGGCUUGGACAUUCCAAAGCACACUCUCUACGAUUACGAGAAUCACCUCGACCGCGCACAGGCUCAAGCUCACAUCAUGCAGGCUUUCUCCCCGAACUUUGGCGAAGACGACGGCCCAUACCUGUCAUACGAGCAAAAGACAGGAGCGGCAAAGCCUCUUCGCCCAAGAACAGCAAACAGAUGAGGGAUAGAAAGAAGAAGCGUCAAAACUCUGGGACGAGUUUACAAAAUUUCUGGCCGCGAGGAACUAGCAAACAGAUGAAGGAUAGAAAGAAGCUUUCGCUCGUUCAAAACUCUGGGACGAGUUCACAAAAUUUCUCAACGA